CAGGAUGAGGCAUUUCGCGCCAGAAAUUCAAAGAGGUCAAAGUUGAGUCGCCCCUAAAACGAGGCAAACCGGAAACAGUCUGCAGCCCGGAAGUGAUUUCGUCAGCCCCAGCUCUCGAAAGGAAGGAACCAAAACAAAGGAUUUGAGAGCGUAUUUCUUGGCCGAUUCCGGACGUUUCUGCGAUGGCCACCGGCGGGGAACCGACUAUAGAAGCUCUUACGUGCUCCAUCUGCCUCGAGAUCUUUUUGAAGCCCGUAACGACGACCUGUGGCCACACGUUCUGUUCGUCGUGUAUCGCCCCCUGUCUGCAGCUUGCCUCCCCCAACUGCCCCCUGUGCAGGGUUGUGUUCGACCCGCAGAAGGCCAAGAAAAACUCUGCCAUCGACAAGCAGGUCAACAACACCAAGGGAAGCUGCAAGGGCUGUGGCAAAAAGAUGUCUCUGGCCAAGAUGCGUUCCCACAAUUCCUCCUGUUCCAAGCUGACUAAGACCAUGCCCAAGUUCUCUCCAGUGGCCCCCACUUCUCAGCCCAUUCCAAGCAAUGUGCCUAACCGCUCCACUUUCAUGUGCCCGUACUGUGGGCUGAAGAACCUGGACUGUUCCGCGCUGGUCAGGCACUGCAACGAUGCCCACCGGGACGACAAUAAACAAGUGGUGUGCCCUAUAUGUUCCUCCAUGCCAUGGGGAGACCCCAGCUUCAAGAGUGCUAACUUUAUCGGUCACCUGAAUGUCCGGCACAAGUUUGAAUAUGACACAUAUGUGGAUUUUGAAGCAGAUGAUGAUUCUAUGUUGGAGGAGGCCAUCAGAAGAUCCCUGUCUGAAUAGUAGUCCUGCAGUCUUACUAAUCAUGCAGGACUAGCAGCUGAAUGAUGACACACUGCCCAAUCCUGGCCUGUCCAACCACCCGGCAGCCUGGAUAGAGAUGUCAAACAGCAGGGCAGAGAGGAGAUCACGUCAACAGGACAACACAUCCUAUAUUAUAUACUUUAUUUAUCUUAUUGUACUUAACAUCAACUAAUUGCUCUUAACAUAUUGUGUAAAGUGUACUAACUUAAGUAUCCUGUAAAUCUCUAGACUAUGAUGAAUUUUGUUUAAUAUAUCCACGUAAGAAACACACUAAAUGCAAUCAAAUGCAUCUCACAUGUUGAGGAUAUUGUUGUUACAGUAUUGAACUAAGGCCAUGCUGACUUGAUUACAUGAUUGGAUGACAUCUGUGCGUGCAUCAGUUGUCUACAUUCUGUAAAUUACACAAAGAAGCUGCAAAUGGAGCAAUUAUUCUGUACAUUAUUGCAACGAAAUAUCGGAAAAUAGAUACUAAUGUCAUACAGUGCCUCUUUUCCUUUUGUAACGUACGGACUUUCUCGUAAACGUACUCCUUGCACAACAUGUAGUUGAAGCAAAGUUUUCUGAAGUCUUCCAAGAAAAUGGGAAAUAACAAAGAUAAAGAAUUUAUUGUUUGGUAUGCUAUACUCCGUACGUGCAAUCAUUGGUAAAACCUUUCUGACCACUUCUUAUUCAAAAUGAAGGUAACUUUUUUAGGGGGGGCAGCUUUAAUCAUCUUUGUACACAAAUCAAUUUUGCUGUGCCCAGAGGAUGUCAUCCAUAUAAUCAAAUCAGUAUGGCCAAACAAGUACCUUAAUCUGUUCUUAGGGACUUAAACAAGAUUUAGUCUGAAAUGUGUGCCUGCAUUUACUUCCCAGGGAUAGCUGUUGUUAUUGUAGAGUUAGCACAUGUACAUGACGUGUAUAUCAUGUUAAUAAGUGGUAUCAUAUUUUGUAUUGUUAGCCGUAUCCAUGUUGUAAAUAGAGCAAUACAAACAGCCAUAUAGAGUCAGAAAGGAUACAUGUAUACUGAUAUUUAGUGGUAUUGGACAGGUAUUGUUGUUGGAGGUUUGGUAUCUGACUUGUAUACUGUACUUAAGUAAAUGUGCUAGCAAUGAUUAAAGUUGUUAUCUAGGUCAAGAUGGGAAAUGAUGACCCAUGUGCACGUCCUAGGACUGUACUUACUGAUGAUUGCAAUAUUUUGAUGAGAAGCUUGUAAAAGUCACUAAAUAGUUGCACAGAAUGUUUCCUUUUUUCUUGGUGGCCAUGAGGUGAAAAGGAAAAGUUGCGGUUGUUAGUGGGACACCAUUUCUGAGCUGAAAUGUCCAGUUGACAACCGUAAGAAUUGGUAUGACUCACAAGUUUGAAUUCUGUCAGGCUCAACCUUUUAACCCUGUCCUUUCUGCCCAGCCACUUCAGUGUGCUAAUGGUUAAAAGCAAAUGAUUGACAUGUGACAUGGUCCAAGGUUAAAUCAUGCCAGGUUUACAAGUGACAAAAGAGUUCAUGCUGUAACAGUUUGUCAUACCUAUUACAAGAUAGUAGAUACAGAUACAAGCAUUCCUCCUUAAAUACUUUCCAAGUUAUGGUCCGGUUACAUUUGUCAUAAUUUGUCGUACAAUUGUUAUAUGCUCACAAACUGAGGACAUUCUUGGAAUAGUCGCAAGUGUCAAAAUGUUACAUAAAUGAAAAAUUUAACAGAGAAAAGCCUUGUUGGCGUUUGGUUCUGUCAUGGCCAAAAUUCCCAGCAGCGAAAUUGUAUGAUGGCGUACGACAAAUGUGAGCGUGCCAUUAUAUCAGUGAAUAGGGUAUGUGCAAAAUAAAUGGUCCCCAUAUAUUUAUCUGUUAUAUCCCAUAUGUCUUUAGUGUAUACUUUCAGCUUGAAUCCUAUACUACAAGACAUUCUAUUUUUAGAUGGGUUGGGUAAGAAAAGCCUUUGGUUCACAUUGCUUUUCUUCAUCUGAGUUGAUGUAAACAAAAACUAAUCUUGCCAAUAGAAUGUAUAAUGUGAUGCUAAAGUCUGUAAAUAGAUGGCAAGUAUUGUUUUAGAAAUACAUAUCUUGUCUGCCUUAUUCUUAAUAUGUAUUUCACACCUUCCAUUGAAGGCCAACUAAUUUAUAUGCAUUACUUCAGGACAAUAAUAGCUUUCGUGUUACAGUGAUAUGUAUUUAUCUAUCAUGUGAUAUAUCAACUAUUCUCAAUGAAUAGGUGUCAUGUCUUCUACAUAACUGCUGUAGUUAUCAUCAUGCACACUCACACUUAGAGUUUCUUCAAUGGCUACAUUGGCAAUUUAAGCUUUCUUCAUUUUCUCUAUAUCUAUAUCUCUAUAUGUAGAUGUGCAAACCUACUUUUGUUGCUUUCAUCAUUAUGUGCAUGGGAAACAUAGCUUCAUUGAAGUGGUAUGUACCGAAGUGCUGUAUUUUCUCUUAGACAAAAACUGUAUAGGGGGCAAUAAAACUUUAUGACGCCAUCCAUAUGGUCCAAAAAUCAUGUUAAAAUCCUUUCCUGCCCAGCUAUCAUUAUUCGUUAUGACUCCAUUCUUUCUAAAUUCAAAAAUGAGAAAACAUUGGAAGGUUUAAAUGCCAAUUUAGCCAGGAAGGAAACCGUAAGGAAAUGUAUUACUACAUCAUUGCUGUACUAAAAUCUUAGUUUGAUAUGUAUUGUAGUGACAACAUUGCCAAUAAAUGGGGACUAGAAUGUCAUGUAAA